CUGUUGUAUAUUUUUUCUUUCCAGCGCGCACCGACCUCCAUUGUUGGCCCUGCGACGGAAGUAAGCGUAGGCAGACUGAUCGAGUGCGUUAGCGGAGCAGAUCGAAUGUGUUAUUAGGGACGAGAACUUGUGAUGCCGUGCUGCUGCGCCUUCGGUUGCCGCAACAGAAACACCGACGGCAAAAGGCUUUUUGCUUUGCCAUCCGGCGAGCGCAACGCACAAAGAAGAAAAGUGUGGAUACAGAGGAUCGGGCGGGCUUACUUCGAGGAAGUGGCCAAACACGCACGGCUUUGCGAAGAUCACUUCACUGAAGAUCAGUUUGAACCGCAAAUCCUUCAAAAAAGCGGCAUUAAAAAGUUGAAGCAGGAUGCAGUGCCGAACAUCUUUGUACACAAUAAGCAGCCUAAAUUGAGGAAGCCACCAGCCCGCUGUGCAGUAACUCAAACAACUCUGCACACACUUAGUGGCACGCAUCUCGAAGUUCAAGAUACUGAAGGUUCAGAAUCUGAUGCUUUCCUGUCUACUGAAACUUGUCACGAACCAUCAUGUGUUACAUCCAGUAAUGGCUUUGAAACACACGACCACAACAGCUCCGUUCAAGAUGAGGUGCCCGUGUGCAGCCCCAUUUCUGAAGUGCCUCUAAAUGACACCCCCUCCACCUCCGAUGGCUUUCCUACAGAUGAAAGCAACAUGCCUGGUUCUUCGUGGCGAAAUGAGGGACGGAAGCCAACGUAGAAGUGUCUGGCGUAAACCUGGUAAUUGAAGCGGCUGAACAACUGGACAAUAAGGUGACUGCCUGCAGCCCCAUUUCUAUUGAAGCGCCUCUAAACAACACCCCCUAUGCCUCCUAUGGCUGUGAGUUUACUACAGAUGAGAGCAUCAUGCCUGGUUUCUUAUGGCGAGAAAUGGAAGCCAAUGUAGGAGCGUCUGGCUUAAACCUGUUAAUUGAAGCGGCUGAGCAACUGCACACAGUUCCAGACAUGCCACUUCCUAUCGCAGUGGCUGGCUAUAUUGAAGCAAGUCAGGUGCCUAAUCAAACUGUUGCUGCUCUUCAGGAAAGGAUUGCUGAGCUUGAAGCCGAACUACAGGCCUCGCAGAGAAGUUCUGCUCUUGCACAUAAGCACAAGAGAAAAACCAGUAGUGAAAAAACCCUCAUGAAGCAGCAGCUCAGCUCUUUAAUGGCUGCUGACCAACUACUACUCUUUAUGGAAAAAAAGAGUAUGCGUGAGACACCGUGGACACAAGCAACAAUCACCAAGGCACUGAAACUUGGGCUAUCAUGCGGCUCUCAAGGAUGCAAUCUCGUAAAGGGACUAGCUGCUCCUUUGCCAGGUGUACGGACUCUACAAAGGCACCUUCAGGAUCACAAAUUCGCACCAGGCCUCCUACACGACAUUAUUCGUUCUGUCUCUCAAGUUUGGUGCUGUGGAGUACCAUAAGAAGCAUGCAGUACGGAUGUUGGAUGAAAUUCAUUUGACACCAGGCCUGGCAUACGACCCCUAUACUCAAGUUGCAAUUGGCAGGCCUUUACUUCCACUGGCUGAUGGCACCUCCCCAGUAGAUGCAGUAGCUACUCAUGCUCUGGUAUAUAUGUUAGGAGGAGUAACUACACGUUGGAAGCAAACGGUUGGGUACCAUUUCACAGGAAAUUCAUUUAGCACUGUUGCAGUAAAGAACUUUGUUUUGUCAGUCAUAGAAGAGUGUGAAAAAAUUGGCAUCAGAGUGGAUGCUGUGGUCAGUGACAUGGGUGGGGGAAAUCGGGCAUUGUGGAAGAAGUUUUGCGUAGUUGUGGGAAAAUUUUCAAGGCCUUCUGUAUCUUGUGCUCACCCCUGCGAACCAAGCAGAAAGCUCUAUUUCAUGGCAGAUGUUCCUCAUUUAAAAAUUUUAGGAAUCCCCUUACUCGUGGGCAGGCAAUUUUCGUUCCACCUAUUGUUUAGAAGCACAAUUUGCCCUCAGACAAAGUGAGCCUUGCUUAUGUGAAAAAAUCUUGUGGAAAUUGACUCGCAGCAGCAGCUAGAGAUUGCGGCACACUUUAAAAGAGGCAUGCUUGAAAUCGGGACACUUUUAGAAGAUGAAAGUGGGCCUGGUGUACUCGCUGUAUAAUUACGACACUGGAGCAGCUUUGCACUACCUUGUUCAGACAAGCAAGCUUUCUAAGGAAGCCUUAACAACAGCUUGGUUCUUUAAUGUAGUGUACAAGUGGUUUAAGAUAUUGACGUCCAGAACAACUAAGCUCGCAAUCAGUAAGCUGUAUGAAGUGAAAUACGAAGACAAUUAUUUUUCUGCAAGAUGUAAUCAAGCUAGUUGAAAGCCUUAAGAUUGGAGAGCGAGGAAAAACAGUAUGGAAGCUGAUUCAGACUGGUGUCGUGCUUGGCACAACUUCAGCCCUAAAAAUUCGGGAGAACUACCUCAAUGUUCGAGGUUUUCUUUUGUGCUACUUAGUCGAUUUGGGCAAGAUAGCCUAGAGAACUUGCUUUCUACACUUUGGUCAAGAAACCCAGUGCCAAAGCCACUUGAAUUCUGUUGCGCUUUCCACGUGGCAACAAUGGCCCAGUUUUUCAAACCAAGUAACAGUGGUAGUUAUAGCAACGACCUUGGUUUUGCUCCGACAGGCCUGGAGAUUGUAUCGGCAGGCUCACAGGUGCAUCGUGCACAGGGGAUUGUCGUUUUUCCUGAGGACUUGUUGGAUUUCAAUGAAUCUGAGCAAGUGUCUUUUGAUUACCUAGCAGACUAUGUCGUCAGCAGUGUCCAAAAGAACAUGACUGCCUGUAGUCAUUGUGUAGAGGCAAUCACUUGCAAAGAAGCCAGCAGUCUGACGAAGCUCAAAUCGUAUACUAAUAUUGUUACGGGGAUGUUGGGAGUAUAGAAAAAGUAUUUACGAUAUGUAUACAAAAUGAGUCGGAGUAAUUAAGAUGGCUGACCAACAACAACACGCAGCAGCCAGCGUCCCGCAAUCUCUUUCUCUCUCUUCUUUCGUCCUUCCGUAACGUGACCCGCGGGUGGUGAAGCGCCGUGUCGGCGCAUGGUAGGUAAAGAAUUGCGAGCGAAACGUGCGUGACGUCAACAGGCGUCAGACUUGAGGAUGCAUCAAAGUGUAGUGGCAAAAUCUCGUAAUUUACGUUGUUAACUUGACGUAGGAGUUCAUAAGACCCUGUGUAGCGAGGGAGAAGCUUCUGGGAGAGGCCAACCCGACGACAUGGUGACCAAAGGAGCACCUAAGCACCAGGCGCGAACUUAAAAUCGCGAUGGCACCGGUCAUAACGCUCUUUUUGUAUAUGCUGCGAAGCUAAUAAACAAGAUUUGGCGACUUGACGUGCCAUGUGAGCGCGAUCGAUGACUUCGCGAGCGUACUCAGUUGCAACACGUGGCACAGAAGGGAGGAUAGUGUCAAACGGCAAUGUGGGGUCGCGGCCAUACAAAAGAUAAAAGGGUGAAUAUCCUGUAAUGUCAUGUUGGGAUGAGUUGUAUGGGAACGUCGCAUAGGCUAGCAUGGCGUCCCAGUUGCAGUAAUCAUUGGAGAUGUACAUCGACAGCAUCUCGGUGAUUGUUCGGUUGAGAUGUUCCGUAAGGUGGUAGGUGGUGUGCAGCUUAAUCAGUAAUCAGUAACGACAGCGAUCCACUUAUUCGCUCUAGUCAUUGACGGAAAAGAGCCAAGCAGGUCAAGGCAUACGUGAAAGAACGAUUCAGAGGGAACUUCAAUUGGAUGGAGUCAUCCGACAGGUGAGGUUUCUUCCGGUGCUGACGCAAUUCGCAAGUUGUGUGAUAACGACGCACAUAGCGGUAGAGACCCAGCCAGAAGAACUGGCGUCGUACGCAAAACUCCAAGGCGUCCUGCCGUCGGUGCAUCAUGAAGUUGUUCAAGAGCAACGGAUUGCAGAUGACGAGGAAGGACAAGGAGUAACUCAUGUCCGUCAGGGUUGAUAUUGCGACGGUAGAGGAUGCCAUCGUGCAGCACGUGCCGUCAGUGCAGCCAGAUUGCACUCUGGCGAUGAUGGACUGUAAGGAUUCGUUGCAUUGUUGUUCAGCACGCAUGUUGUUCAUGUCAGUAAAAGCCGUCACGCAGGUCACCGGAUCAUGCGCAACAGGAUCAGGGGGAUCCACGGGAUGACGAAAGAGGCAGUCGCUGUCCUUGUAGAGGCGUCCAGUCUUGUAAUUGACAACAAACAAAAAUUCCUGGAGCCGCAGUGCCCUGCGACCAAGCCAUCCUGUCGGGUCCUGGAGGGAAAACAGCCAGUAAAGUGCGUGGUGGUCUGUAACGACCAAAAACAUACAGCCAUAAAAAUAUGGACAGAACUUGCCGACAACCCAAACUAAAGCCAAGCACUUCCACUCGGUGAUGAAGUAAUUUCUCUCGGCAGGUGACAGCAAGCGGCUGGCAUAAGCUAUCACGCACUCGGUAUCAUUCUGCUGUUGGGCGAGAACAGCAUUGAUGCCAUUGCUGCUUGCGUCGGUGUGGACUUCGGUCGGUGCAGAUGGAUCAAAGUGGGCAAGUAUGGGAGGGGUGGUCAGAAAUUUGAUGAGCGGCGAACGCGUGAGCUUGCUCACCAUGAGAACGGCAUGUUCUUUAGAAGAUCUGUCAAAGGCUGAGCAACGUUGGCGAAGUUUUUGACGAAACGGCGAAAGUAAGAACACAGGCCGACGAAGCAGUGCACGUCAAAACCAGAACGUGGCACAGGGGAACUGCUUACGGCGCGAACUUUUUUCGGAUCUACUUGAACACUGGAUGCGUCAACGAGGUGUCCCAACACGGUAAUCUGAUGACGCCCAAAUUGACACUUCGUGGAGUUAACUGGAGGCCGGCUUUUCGGAAGACCGCAAGAAUAACAGCGAGUCAGGUAACGUGGCUGCCGAACCUGGGAGAAAAAGCAAUAACGUCAAGGUAACAGAAACAGGUGGUCUAUUUGUAGCCUCGUAGAUGAGAGUCCAUCAUGCGUUCAAAUGUCGCAGGAGCAUUGCAUAGGUCAAAGGGCAUGACUUUGAACUGAUAUAAACCAUCCGGCGUGGUAAAGGCCGUCUUCUCGCGGUCCAUUUCAUCAACUGAAAUCUGCCAGUAGCCAGAUUGAUGGACGAGAAGUAUUUAGCUCCGUGCAAGUAGUCGAAGGCGUCAUCGAUGCGUGGUAGUGGGUAGUCUUUUCGGGUGAUCUUGUUUAAAUGGCGAUAAUCGACGCAAACACACCAGGUACGAUCUUUUUUUUUUUCACAAGGACGACAGGCAAAGCCCAAGGGCUGGCUGAUCAUUCGAUGACCCCUUUAAGGAGCAUUUUGUCCACUUCUGAUUGGAUGACUCUACGUUCAGCAUGGAAUACACGAUGGGGACGCCGAUGAAUAGGAUUCAUGUCUCCAGUGUUGAUACUGUGGUGAACAACAGAUGUAUGUGCUAAAGGCCUGUUGCCGAAAUCAAAGAUGUCGCAUUACGAUUUGAGGAGGAGACGUAUGUUCGUGGACUGUGCAGAGGUGAGGUCAGGUGCAAUCAUCUUCGCCAAGUCAUCCGUUAGGGAACCAGAGCUGCGAGCUGCAAUUGGCGCUAAGAAACCAUUCUCGGCAUCCAGACUUUCAAUGUCAAAUUUGGAAGUAUUAGAAACGCUGGCCAAGAACAUGCGGGAUGGAAGCACUUGAGGAGCCUAGGCUGAAAUUCAGAAGUGGAAGAAUGACGCUGUUAUUAGUAAUCGUCACCAGCGUAUGCGGAGGAGCAACGUUGCGGUUCAAAAGCAUGUCGAUGAUGUGGCAAAGGACAUUCACCGUCGGGAAUCUGUAGCUGUGCUGUCAAAGCGACGUAAGUGACUGCCUCAGGUGACAGACGCACAUCCUGAAGCCAACACAAGUACGGUGGAGCAGUGCUCGGAGCAUCACGACUUGAGGCAGUUCCAAAUGAAAAACGCCAGUUGCACAGUCGAUGAGAGCAGAAUGAUGGGAUAAAAAGUUCAAUCCAAGGGUAACGUCGAGAGGGCAGUUGUCGAUCACAGCAAAGAGAACAGAAGUAGGACGGCCAGCUGUACUUAAACGUGCAGUACACAUUCCAAGAACAACCAGCAUGCCGCCGUCGACCACACGAAGCACUCGGGCAGCUGCUGGGGUGAGGACCUUCUUUGAACGUCUACGUAGGCUAGCACUUAUCACAGAUACGUGGGCUUCAGUGUUGAUGACUGCUUGGACAGGUACGCCAUCUAUUUUAACAUCAAUUACACUUCUCUUUGUGGGCACAGACAGAUUUGUUGCAGUAGUAGGCAAUGCGGCACCACCUCCAGGGGCUGCAUUUCUUAGUUAUCCGAAAGCCGGCGGCCAAAAGCCACAGGGGACGAAAUGCAACGUGGCUGCAGCGAACGGGAAGACGGGCAACGUGUUUGCGGUGAACGAGACUGGUGUCUGCAUGGCGAUGGUGAGUGACUGUACCACCUGUUCCUAGCAGAGUUGUCCGCAUUUUUUGACUCGACGGUGGGGGAAACAUUGCGGGUAUUUCCAUUAAAACAGCUCAGGUUGGUCAGCGUGCGAGGUGUUGAGGGCCACGAGUUGCAACAGUAUCGGGCGACAUGACCAAUGCGGCCAAUGACAGGUGAAACAUAUCAGCUGGUCAUCCGCACUUCUCCACUCAGUCAGGUUGCGAUAACGUGGAGAGAAGUGUUGGGGUGGAACGAAAAUAGUAGAAGGGCGUUCGUUAGCUCUCAGAUUGGCGACAGCACAGACAAUGUAAACCAAUGUUUUCAAGUUCCUGGCGACUGAUGGUUUGUAUGAUGGGAACUGGAAAAGUGGUAGCAUCAGGGCUACACGAACAGAAUGCUGCAGGCGCCAUCGCAUCCAGUUCACAUUGAAUGAUUCGCACCACGUCCUCUGGUGGCGACGCAUGCUGCUGUGUGGAUUGAUCUUCACACAUCGACGUUGCGACAGUAUUGGGCAGUCAGGCGAAUGGUAGCAAGACCAUUCGAGCAGGCUUUUGGCCUGCUCGAAUUGUCAGCACUCUUUAAUGAUAGCAUCAGCUGUAGAGCAGCUUUUGCCCAUGAGCAGAUUAAACGUGUCGUCAGCAAUGCCCUUAAGCAUGUGCCCAACUUUCUCAGCUUCUGUCAUGUCGUGAUCGGCUUUACGACAAAUUGCCAGCAUGUCCUGGAUGUACGAGACAGGACUCCGUGGGGGAUUGGGCACGGGAGGCCAGUUCCUGCUUUGCGGCAAUUUUACGGCCAGCUGGUUUGCCGAACAACUCUGUCAACUUCUCUUUGCAUUGGUCUCAGCUGGUUAGCUCCUCUUCGUCGUUUUCGUACCACACCUUUGCCAUGCCUCUUAGAAGAACAGGUUAGCUAGCAUCAGCGUAGGGUCCCAUCUGUUGAGUCCACUCACACAUUCGCACCCACUUUUCAAUGUCGGUGCCAUCAGUCCCGCAGAAAGUUCCAGGAUCCUUGGUUUGCACAACGACAGCCAAAGGUGACAGCGACGUAGCUGGCAACGAUGAUGUAGGGGGCGGCAACGACGUUGAUCCCGCAUGCUCACUGUCAUUCGUGGUGCGGACGGUGAUGCGACGUCCACUGCGGACCUCCGUUUCCAGCCAUGGUACUCCGCACCUCUCGUGAAUAUGUUACGGGGAUAUUGGAAGUAUAUAGAAAGAGUGUAUUUACAAUAUAUAUACUAAAUGAGUCAGAGUAGUUAAGAUUGCUGACCACCAACAACACGCAGCAGCCAGCGUCCCGUGAUCUUCUUGCUCUCUCUUCUUUCAUCCUUCCGUAACAUUAUUAAACUCUCUGCCUUCACCUACUGUUAUUCAAUUUUUGCAAACAGCAGAGAACUUGUUUCAUGCCAACACUGAAACCCUGCUCCACAACAAACUACUUUUGGCUCAGCUUGUGGAAUCUGUUUGUAACAGUGUCACAACCGUCAACUGUUUUCCUGCAUGUCACAGAAUAGACAGAAAGCUGCUUCGAGUGUUCUUCAAAAUUAGGGAUUCAUAUUCUCCUUCGAAAAGAAAAUGAGUGAGUGGCACAAACCAGUUGUGUGGUAGUUGCAGUCUUGGCAAACAGGUAGCCACUAGAAAUGUAAAGUAAUAAGUUUCGCAGGGCAAAAUUCACUGCACUUCGCUUGAAGUUUAAUUCGAUCAGCAAGGCUGACCUACAUGUGGAAGUGGUGUGCGGUGCCAUGCAAAUGCUACAUUUCUUUUUUCUAAGGAAGGUGGGGGGGGGGUUACGUUUCAAAAAUAUCUGGAAUAUUAUUGCUUAUAUUUUUUUGCAUAUGUAUUUAGAACUUUACUACCAACUCCAUUAUAAUGCAAAAAUUGCUCUCAAUGUCUUUUUCACUUGCUUGUUUACCAAGUUUGCAUCCCUGUACCACUACAAGAAUUAGUGCAUCUGUUGCAAUCCACUUUAAUAAUUUUUUUCCUUCGGGUUUGAUUGCCUAUGCGAGCCUGACAGCUGCUCAUGGACUGUGUGUGUUUGUGCUGUAUACUUGUCUGCAAGACUGUGGUAAGCACCUUUAUUAAACCAAUUUGAGGAAUGUUUGGUCCUACA